CCUUCAUAUAUCUCUUCUCCAUCAUAGUUGACUCUCCUUGACUCUUGUAGUAUCGAGUGAUUCUACUGAGACCUUGAAACCAGCAUCACCAUUGGACGCCAUGGGCUCGGCCAUGGGUGACUUGUGGGCAGAUCAAAUAACAACCCACUUUAAGGUGGGGUUCCAUGCUCUUUCUCUUUACGGUCCAUCUUGGUUCAUUUUCACCAUAUACUCUGUUGCUUUUUGACUAAGAACACUUCUUAAAAGAAAUGGCAGAAAACACGAGUCCAGCUAUCACUAUGACUUGUGAGGUUUGUUCAGAGUAUUACACUGACCCCCUCAUGCUUCCCUGUCUUCACUCAUUCUGUAAGAAGUGUCUAAUAAAAGCUAAAGAGAAGCAAGGUAGUGCUGAUACCUCAUUAAAGUGUCCAACGUGUGACACUAGCGUUAAUUUACCUCAUGGUAAAAUUGAAGGCCUCACUCAAAACCUUUGGUUUGAACAUAAAUCAAAAGAGGCUUCGAUCAAAAAGAAGAUUGUUAGUAAGGAAGCAACAUCGUGUGAUAAAUGCGAUGAUUCCAGUGAUGCAGCUGUCAUGUAUUGCUGUGAGUGUGGCCAGUUUCUGUGUGAUCUUUGCAAGAAAGUUCAUAAGCGAAACAAGAAAGAAGCAAAUCACAAGUUGAUUGAUCUAGAAACAAAGGAAUCUAUUGAAUUACCUGCUAUUAAGCAUGAGGCAGCUUAUUGCAUUCAACAUUCAGAAAAGCUGACAUACUACUGCAAGGAUUGCGAUAAAUUAGUUUGUCAGAUUUGUCUUAACAUUCACCAUAAAAGUCACAAUUACAAUUACUACAUAGAUGAAGGUGAAACAGCUUGUACAGCAUUAAAGGAAAGUGUUGCUAGUUGUGAUGGAGUCAUUCCUCCAGUCACUGAAGCUAUUGCUAAUGGAGAGAAGAUGCUAGAGCAGAUAGUAACACGUAAAGAAGAAGUAAGGCAGGAAAUUAAGGAAACGUUUGAAGAGCUUAAAGCUGCUUUAGAUAAGAGAUGCAAUGAUCUACUAAUGGAGAUAGAAGAGAUUGCUAGCGCUAAGAGGAAUUCUGUCGAGAAGCAGUUGGAUAGGUUUCGUAAACUGGUAAAACAGGCUUCUCAUGGUCGUCAUCUUGCAUCGUCAGUGAGUGAGCGUACUGAUCCAGGUGAAGUUCUCAGUGUUAAGAAGCUAAUCACCAAUCAACUAGAGGAA